UUGGUUAGCCACAGAAGAAGUCCCGCCCCUUUUUCUUUGUUAUUUAAAGAAGCAAAAUGCCAACGCGGACCUCUGUUCUGUGAGCUGUUCUGUGGGAAGGAGGACCGUUCUGCUGCCAGAGAGCUGUUAUCAGAAAUCGGCCAUGAUGCUGCUGAGUUCACUGGCGUACCUGUACUUCCUGGCUGCCGCUGCUCUUGCCGUCCCUGCUCAGGAGAAGCGGGUCCAUCACCAGGCCGGUCUGAGCGACCACGUCCACGACGACAGUCAGAACUACCAGUACGACCAUGAGGCCUUCCUGGGCAAAGAGGAAGCCAAAACAUUCGACCAGCUGACCCCCGAGGAGAGCAAAGACCGACUGGCGAAGAUCGUGGACCGGAUCGACACGGACAAGGACGGCUACGUCACCCACCCAGAGCUGCACCAGUGGAUCAAGCACAGGCAGAGGAGGUACAUCGAGGAGAACGUCAACAAGCACUGGAAGGACUACGAUGAGAACCGGGACGACAAGAUCGCCUGGGAAGAGUACAAGAACACCACCUACGGCUACUACCUGGGUGAGGAGUUCAGUGACGUUGAGGACAAAGACACGUAUAAGUCCAUGCUGGCCCGGGACGAGAGACGCUUCAAGGCGGCCGACAAAGACCGUGACGGCAUCGCCACGCGCGAGGAGUUUACUGCCUUCCUGCAUCCUGAGGAGUUUGACUAUAUGAAGGACGUAGUGGUGCAGGAAACUAUGGAGGACAUUGAUAAGGACGGUGACGGAAAGAUCAACCUCCACGAGUAUAUUGGUGACAUGUACACAAUGGAGGACGGCGAGUCGGAGCCUGACUGGGUCCAGACUGAGAGGAAACACUUUGGAGAGUUCAGAGACGUCAACAAGGACGGCUACCUGGAUGCUAACGAAGUGGCCCAGUGGGUUCUACCAGGAGAGGUGGACCAUGCUGACAACGAGGCCAAGCAUCUGAUCCACGAGACCGACACAAACAAGGACGAGAAAAUCACCAAGAAGGAAAUUCUGGCCAAUUGGAACAUGUUUGUGGGCAGCCAGGCGACCAAUUAUGGUGAAGAUUUAACAAAGAAACAUGACGAACUUUGAUGAAGUGUCCUUUGGACGUUUGGGGGUGGGGAAGAAGGGUGGGUUAGAACUAGGUUCACUUAAGUCUCUAAAGUUUUGACUCUUCAUUAUGCGGCAGUCUUGGUUAAUCAUGCCCCUUUAUUCAUGUAUGGAAGGUUUGCAACUAGAGAUGCACUGAGGAAUCAGCAGAUAUGAGCAGUAACCUGCUGGUCACUCAAAAAUCCUGCUUUUUAAAAAAAAUGUUUUACCCUGAUCAGGGAUUGAACCUUGCUAAGCACUACCAGGUCUCGUUGGUGCUCUUUGUUGUGGAUGUAGUUACUGAGAGAAGACUCAAACUGCUUCUCACGUGUUCCUUAUGUUUUCAAUUAUUGCCAACUUGAAGAAGGAGCUGGCAGUUUGAGCAGAUAACAGGAAGGCUGCACUAGUAAAGCGGUGUUUCUGCUCGUGUUUCUGCUCAUGUUGCAGAACAUGCUGGCUUUGGAAAUGUUAGCAAGCUUUUGGAAAUCUCAGUGAUCAGGUAAAGAAAUGCAUUGUCUAAAGAAAAGACACAGAUGGUUGUUUUUGGCAUGAGAUGCAAAAACAUGCUAAAUGUGAAUUCUGUCUUCUUACAACCCUGUUUUCUAGGAACUGUUCUCUCAGUGUGACGUUGCCUUUGCAUGUUCUUAAUGACUGCUCAUGGCAGGAAAGCUAGAAAAACAUAUUAUUUCAAUUCUGUUCUUACAGUUAAACUCAAAAUUAUUCAUACCCUUGUCCAUCGAUGCUACGUGUUCAUCCAGGAUGAGAGGAUGCUGCUGGUCAAUCUGCUGGGUUUCCUUGAAAACUGUUCAAAUAACAAACUGAACUUGGCUGCAUUGUUUGACCAGAAUCAGAUCAGAAUGUCUACUUGAUUUGCCAAAAAAAAUAAUUUCCAUUACAGCAGUCAGACCCAUCUUAUCAAAACUGAGCAGCUUUUUGCAUAUUUUCUCUGGUAUUUUGAUAAUUGUUGAUGAGCUGAAAGGCUUUAGAGUUGGACAGUUUACUGACCUUCAUCAUCUUUAACUCCCUUCAUAAAUUCUGUCAGUGCUGCCUCUCUGGCUUGGCCGCUACAAAAUAUUAAUAUUACCCCCAAUCAGAUGAAACAUGUUAAUAAAAUCCCCCAAAAUACUGUUCCUCCUGGAAGAAACCUUCUGCCAGGAGUAUGAAUAAUUAUGGUCUUAACUGUAUUCCUUCCUUGAACAACACAUGAAAUCUGUCUCUGCAUUCUGAUUGGUGCAUCUCUGCUGGUAGCUUCCAGACCCUGCUACAGGAAGCAGUCACAUACUGUGUAUGUCAGGACGGUAAUGCUGAAAAAGAGGCUGAGUGGAUUCUAAUGGGAAACAAUAUUCAGAAGAGAGGAAAUGAUUUCUAUUAAAAUGUAACUUGAACAAGUUAAGCCACUAAAAAGGGCAGAAAUUGGAGGGGGGGAAAGAGGUCAAUGAUGGACUUUGUUACAGAAUUUUUAUAGUUUGACAAUUAAAGUCUUUUUGUACAAAUA